AUGGCGGAGAUAAAAGAAAUGAUUGCUGGACUCCUUAGAGAUAUUUAUCGAAAACUGACUGAUAGAAACUUCAGACAAGAUGAGCUAGACCAUAUAUUUUUUACUAUUGAAAGAGUGGAACAUAUUUUAGCACUUUGUAGUCAAAUAAUGUACAUAGACGAAAGGAUAUUCCCCUUGCUGUCGGAAGCAAAGCUCCUAAUUGGGCAUGGAGAUCAGCUGCAAGGAACUAAUGAAAUGUGCUUUCAGUCAGAAAAAAGUUGCAACGGAAAUCGAGGAAGACCUCAUUAUUGUAUAACUAAGCAGCAGUUGGAGUAUUUUAUUCAUUUUGGAUUCAGAGCUCCCGAAAUGGCUUCCAUGCUUGGUGUCAGCGAGGCAACUUUGCGGAGGAGACUUAGAGAUUGCGAAUUGUCUACUGCUCAGCGUUUUACUCGUCUAUCCGAUGAGGAACUUGACAAUAUAGUGAAAGACAUAAAAAUUGAGUUCCACAACAGUGGUUACAGAAUGAUAAUUGGACUGUUGCGGGCAAAAGGGUUGCAUAUCCCACAGCGUCGUGUAAUAGAGUGUUUAAGGCGAGUUGACAUCGAGGGAGUAAUUGCAAGAACACUACAACUCGGAAUCAUUUUUCGACGAAAGUACCAUGUGUAUGGACCCAAUGCAUUGUGGCAUAUUGACACAAAUCAUAAGUUAAUAAGGUGAAUAUUUGUAUUAAAAUCAACAAAAAAUCAUUGCUGUUGCCUUUGGUCUAAUUUUACAACUGUAAUAUGUUCUCGUUACUGUUGUUAAUUUGUUGUUAAUCUAAUGUAUUUCACUGUUUUUUACAGGUGGAGAUUGGUCAUUCAUGGUGGAAUUGAUGGUUUUUCUCGCCUUAUCGUGUUUCUUAACUGCCACAAUAACAACUGUGCAAGCACUGCUUUAGAAGAAUUCCAAUCGGCUGUUGGCAAAUUUGGACUUCCAAGUCGUGUAAGGACAGACCAGGGGGGUGAAAAUGUUGAUAUUGCAAGAUUCAUGCUGAGUCAUCCUGAACGAGGUGAAAACAGAGGAAGUCACAUAACUGGCCGCAGCGUUCAUAAUCAACGCAUAGAACGAUUGUGGAGAGAUGUGUAUUAUGCUUGUAGUUUCAAGUAUCAUUCACUCUUUACCCACAUGGAGAAUGUUGGCAUCUUAGACGUAACAAAUGAAAUCCAUAUGUUUUGUCUUCAUUACAUAUAUAUUCCCAUCAUCAGACAACAUCUUGUACAUUUUGUUCAAGGAUAUAACAAUCAUGGUCUGUCAACUGAAGGGAAUAAGACUCCUACACAACUAUGGAUUCAAGGAAUGUUCAACAUGGCAAACAGUAGUCACAGAACAGCCAGAGAGAUGUGGGAACCAAGAACUGAAGUAUGUACAUGUAUUUAUUUGUUCAAAAAAUACUUUACUUUACUUAUAUUAAUUUCAUCACUUGGUAUUAUUCUUUAAGAAUGACAUGAUCUUAUACGGAGUUGACUGGUCUGGCCCUACACCUUCACGAGAAUGGGGAAGUAUUGAGAUGGAGUCAGUAGCUGUAACUGUUCCAGAAAUUGUUCUACCCUUGUCGGAUGACACUCUUGGGCAGGUAUUGGAACAUCUUCAAGUGAUUAACCCUUUAGGGGAAACUGCAAACUUUGGAAUAGAUUUAUAUGAACAAGCAAUUGAGGUAAUUUCUAGAUUAACUGCUUAA